AAAUUUGACAAUAUAAAAAGCACAAGAGAGCGAAUGCUCAGUUUGAAUCAGGAUUGUUUCGAAGUUUGAUGUGUGAUGCAGGAAAGUAGAUAAAUAUAACUAUUUAAAAAAAUAUUUUCAAAAGUUGCUGAAAAUGGCUUCAAUGGAACCGCUGCAGAAUAAAACCUGGGAUUUAUCCCUUUACGAGUUAAACCGUACACCACAAGAGGCGAUCACUGAUAACACCGAGAUAGCCGUGUCGCCUCGCAGUUUACACAGUGAACUAAUGUGUCCCAUUUGCUUGGAUAUGCUGAAGAAAACAAUGACCACGAAAGAGUGUUUGCAUCGAUUUUGUUCCGAUUGCAUUAUUACGGCCUUAAGAUCCGGUAAUAAAGAGUGCCCCACAUGUCGCAAAAAGUUGGUAUCCAAACGCUCGCUCCGACCGGAUCCGAACUUUGAUUUGCUGAUAUCGAAGAUUUAUCCUAGCCGAGACGAAUAUGAAGCCCAUCAGGAGCGGGUUCUGGCUCAAUUCAACCAAAGCCACUCACAACAAGCACUCAUGCAUUCCAUCAACGAAGGUAUCAAGCUACAAUCCCAAGCCCGACCGAAUCGCAAACAAAAAAGUGAAAACGACUUGACCGCUUCUUCGGCGGCAGUCACAGCUGCUGCCACGAGUAACACUGCAAAUGCCGGUAUUCCGUUGGCAGCAUCCGGAACCGCCCUUUCGAGUGCAUCGUCACAGCCUGCAACAGUUCACUCCAAUGGAAAUGUCCCCGAAGGUGGCAUCAACAGGGAAGGCUCAUCGAACAACCAAAUCGGCGAAAUGAAUAGACAGCCCUCGAACCCACCAUCAGUCAGAAGUACGCCAUCGCCGGUUCCGUCAAAUGUCAGCUCCGCCAGCAAGGCCAAACGAGCGCGAUCGGUUCUUACGUCUGAGAAAUCGGAAGAAUCCGAAAGCAACAGCGAAAUGGACGGACGGACGGAAGAAAAUGAUUCAAAUUUGGAUACGGAAGGUGAGGGAAACUCCGAACAUGGCAGCGACGAGAUCGAGCUCGUAUUCAAACCUCAUCCAACCGAGAUGGCCGGAGACAAUCCACUUCUGAAGGCGCUUAAGGAAAACUCGGUGCGCUACAUCAAAACGACUUCCAAUGCAACAGUUGAUCAUUUGAGCAAAUAUUUGGCAAUGCGGCUGACUCUAGAUUUGGAAACGGAACUCCCGGAAGCGUAUCGAUUGGUCAAUUUCUGUAUUUACAUAGCCCCACAACCAUCCCAGUUGGUUGUUCUUAGCGGCAAUCAAACGUUGUCCCAAGUGAACGAAAAAUUUUGGAAGCAGGUCAACAAACCCCUCGAAAUGUACUACUCGUGGAAGAAAUCCUAGGGAAGCGCCUAGCAGUCCAAGCGUAGUGGUUGACGGCAGAGAUAGCGGUUGAUUAGGACCCAACAAAAAUCCGUUUUUGUAACGGAUUUGAUGCAUCGAUCUGAUAAAUGGAAGGUCUCGAGUAUCGGUGCACUGCAUUGAAGUCUAUCUUUGGCAUAUUGUUUAACUCUUGCACUGCCGCUGCCGGCAAGUCUGUCCCAUAUGCAAAAACAACGGAACGAGAAAAUCGCCCAAUGUGUUUUUGCUUUGGAAGUUAUUGAUGCAGAGGAGAAAAUAAUGAUGGGACAGCCUUGCGAGUAUAUUUCGCAUACGUAUUAAAUGUACCCGCAAAGCUGUCCCAUAUUUGGGUUUUCUUUUGUCAGUUGACCAUUUGAUUCUUUCUAUCUGCGCUGUAUUAUUCACUUUACUUGUUGUUUACUGAUGAAAAUGAGUUUGAAAUGAUGUUUAUGACAUAUUUAUAUAAAGAUAACGUAAGUGAUAAACUUAGAAUUGAGUAGGUCUAAAAUAAAAUGAAUAACAACGUUCCAUGGAUAAAACAACCUGUACCUUCAUCUUUUGGAAAGUUUAUCGGUAGAUUAUCUUUUUAGAAAAACUAUAAAUACCUACAUAUUAAAUAAAUGCUGAAUCAGAAACAGCGAAGCAUCUUGGCUGCAAAUAUUUAAUGAGAAGAAUCAAUACAAUAUGACUUACGCGUGUGCUACCAGGUAAGCGUAUUUUGGUUCACAGAUUUUAUAAAAGUCCAAGCAGCAAGUAAAAGCAUGAAAAACACCUAAAAAAAUAAGGCUUUGUAGCUGACUAUUUUUCAUGUUUUACAACAAACAAUUCAAUAAACCUCAUGCGAAAUAAAAAAAAAACAGUUUGGUGGAAUUUACCCAUUAGGCUAAACUUAGCUUGUAAAAAUUAUGGAAAUUGUUAUUUUUGACUUUGCUGCACUGUUUUAUCUAGUCUAACUUUCGUAAUUUCAAUGAAUGCUUAUUUCGUCGCACACAUUGUAUGAAUAUUUGUAAAAUUAACGUAAAUUAGAGGAGCAAUUUUAAAGCAUUCUGUUAAAAUAGACAUAUGGGACAGCUUUGCGGGUAUAUUUCAUAUGGGACAGACAUGACUUGAUAUUUUUUCAUAUACGUUGAGAACAAAGUUAUGAAAGUUUUUAGCCUAAUUGAAGAACUCUCUGUUUUUGAGCGAUUUUUGAGAUAAACUGAAAAAUGGCGAAAAUGCAUAUGGGACAGUCUUACGAAUAGCAGCAGUACAGUGUUGAAUAAAUUUGAUUUAGCACAAUCAAUAGCGAGGGUAUAUGUAAUAUUUGAGUGUUAUUUUAUCGAUAAUAUUAUUUGAGAACUAUUCACAAUUACCAGCAGUAAAUACAACAGAUACAGAAAUAUAUGUAUAUAAAUUUACAAAUCCAAGUUCAAUAAAAAAAUCUAAAUAGUCAACACAGGAUCAACAUUUAAACUUAUUAUUUGAUAUUCUUCCCAUAAUGAAUCUAAAAAACACCGUAAGGCUCCGAUGCAGUGCACCGAACGAGUUAUUUAAUUUUUUAGAGUUAAUGUGCUUUGAUGUAAAUUUUCUAUUUUUCCCUUAUGUAUUACUUAUGUAUUAUGUAGUUUGAUUAAAAAGGUCG